UUCACGUUUUGAAAACAUACGCGCAGCUUAGGUGUUGAGAACGCGGUUACUAACAAGAAAUUUUAUAAAAACUCAUAAAAUUCGUUAAGUGAGGAAAGUAAUUUACAUCCUCUUCCCGUUGUGUAGACUUCCUUUCUGUUUUGAAAAUUAAUAAACGGAAAAUGAACACAUUUUUGUUGGUGUGCGCCAUUGGCCUAUUCCUUGCAGUCACAUCCUGUCAGUCGCAACACCAUCACGGUCACCCGAAUCAAAAUAACAUACCGCGCGACGAAAAGGUUUCCGAUCAUCGGGAUCAUCAUCGCGAAAGCACCACUUGGAUACCGAUACUCAAGUACAAUAAGGAACAGAGUGAAGAUGGCAGCUAUAAGACCGAAUACGAAACCGGCAAUAAUAUUGUGCACGAAGAGACCGGUUUCCUGAAGGAUUUCUCAGAGACAAACCCCAACGGCGUGCUGGUGCAGCAUGGUCAAUACUCUUACCAAUCGCCCGAGGGUGAUGUCGUUAACGUACAAUAUACUGCCGAUGAGAAUGGUUUCCGUGCGACAGGCGAUCACAUACCCACACCACCCGCCAUACCGGAUGAAAUACAAAAGGGCUUGGAUCAAAUCUAUGCAGGCAUAAAAUUGCAACAGGAGCGUCUGGAGCAGCGCGCCAAGAGCGAUCCUGACUUUGCCAGAAAACUGGAAGAGCGCCGUUUGGCCAAUAAGAAUGGUCAAUAUAUAGGGCCAUUGGAAAAUGCUUAAGUGUGCCAAUCGAAAAUUUAUUGUUGUAUUGUGCGAGCUAAAAUCGGUUUUAAGAUAUUUAAAUUUAUAACGAAAUUCGUAAGCGGUUGUGGCGCUUUUAUAAAGAACAAAGACUGUGAUUUGCUGCGAUUAGAUCGGUGGCAUUAACUUAAAAAAAAAUUGGAGUAUGAAAUUUUGAAUACAAUAUCAAGUAAAAUCGUAAGAGUUCGGAAAUUAAAAUAAUUCGUUA